CAGCUUGUGAUAUUUGAUGCAUGCCAAUUGAAGUAAUUUUGACAGGCCAUCUAUCCUCUGUUUCCGGUAUCUGGGAACAUUCUCGUGGGCCUCAUAAAAACACUUCAGCCAAACGCGCAUCUCGAGGAGAGAAACGUGAGUAAAUAGGCCUAUUCAAGAUUGGCUAGGUAUUUCUACGUCCAGCCACCAGCCACAGCGGUAUUCAUAUUCAGUAACACUAAAGAUAUUAUCAUUGUUUGUCUUCCAUUGAAAACUGGUUCAUUAUUGAGAGGCCUAGGAUUCUUGCCUUGGAGAUAAGAGACCACAAGUCUCUCGCAGCUUCCUUGGUUCUUUUCACACUUUAAACGAAGGUUUGAUCCGACAGGAAGAGCCAAGGGAAAUUGUCGAUCGUGUGUAUUGGCGGCUCUAAAAGCAAUUUUCUUCGUGCGGCGGACCACGUUCACAAAAACGUGGAAAAGUCGCUUUUCGUUUCAAGAGAUCAACGUGAAGUGAAGGUCCCCAGAGACUUGCUUGCUCUCUUUGUUCGGGAAUAUUGUUGAUGAUCGGAUAAUUUUUAUGUUGACCGCCCACCGCUCACAACAAAUCUGCCCUGAGGCUUAUUGCUCUGUUUGUACGUGUGGUCUAAUUGUAUCGUUCGAAACUCUUGCGCCGAGCUUUGGUCACGUUCUGCGACUCUCUGGCCGUUGUUGUGAGGCUCAACGGAAGGGUUUUUGAAAAAUCUUGACCGAAGUUAAGGUGUUGACAGAAAUUUGCCACAUCAGUCUUCAUUAACACUAUUAUCUCGCCGAAAUUGAGCAAAGAGUGGGCCGUUCGUGAGUCUUGGUGGUUUCGCAUAACCGACCGAGUGUGUUACCACGACAAGAUUUAGAAAGCCCGAAGCGUUUUAGCUUCCACUGCUCUUCUAAUCGCUUCAAAAUGUAUCAGUCAGUGAAGCUAAGAGAGCUAAAUCCUUUCAUUACUUGCGGCAUUUGUAGUGGGUAUCUAAUCGACGCUACGACCAUCACAGAGUGCCUUCACACGUUUUGUAGAAGCUGCAUCGUAAAGCAUUUACAAGAUGAAAACUUUUGUCCAUCCUGCAAAAUUGUGAUUCAUCAAAGCUACCCCAUGAACUAUAUCAGCGCCGAUCGUACAAUGCAGGAAAUUGUGUACAAGCUUGUACCAGGCCUUCAAGAACGAGAGCUCCAAAGGCAGAAAGAAUUUGAAGUGGCCAUGUUUAUGUACCGCACGGGCGAACAACAAAACGAAUACAACGCCAUGAAUUUAACUAAAACACACGCUGACAAUCCAUCUCCAUCGUCAUCUUGUACAUCAAACGAGAAAGAAGAAAAUCAGGAUUACCACCGUGGGGAUGAACAAGUAGCUAUAUGCAUGGAAUGUUACAGAGCAAACGGAAAAUAUUCCCUGAAGCCGUUACCUCGCAAGUACCUACGGCUAUCCUCACAAGCAACUGUGUUACAUCUCAAAAAAUUUCUCGCGAAGAAGUUGAGUCUGGACGACCACAAAGACGUGGAUAUUCUUUGCAAUGACGAAAUUCUUGGCAAGGACCACACGCUUAAGUUUAUUUGUGUCACGAGAUGGAGAUUUAAGGGCUGUCCCCUCUUACUUCAUUAUAGACCAAGUCUCAAGUUAUUUUAGUUCCAAUGCAUCGCAAACUGACGGAGAAUUUUCUUCACGCCUCCAUUCCAAGCGAACCGUCGCUUCUAAAUAUCUUCUGACAAGCAGUGGUGUGAACAGCUAUAAAUGAAGACAUGUUCCAAGACAGCGAGUACAGUAAAUUGACAGGCGCUAGCGCUUGACGGGCAAGCAGAGCUCUCAGUCUACUCGACCAGCAAACCACAGAAAAGGCGUAGCACAGCUAAAUCAAUGAUGAAUUUAUCUAUCGAUUUUAGAUCACAUUUUAUUGCUGAGGUUUUCCAAAUGGAAAGUUUCAAAUUAUGAUCAUGACCUUGUCAUACGUAUUAUUACAGUAUUACGCAUUGUGUAUUCAUUGUAUCCUACUCGUUCAUGACAAAGUUGCGUGUUAAUGUGUUACUUCUUACGCCCGAGUCGACCGUGGAAAUUGACAGGAAUAAUUGCAUUUGAAAUUAUUGAAGUAAAUAUUUAUUAUACAUUAGACACGGUAGUCACUGUUCCGUGUUGCAUAAGACAAAAAGAAACAUAUUUUUCAGGA